UGGACAAAGAAAACAAGAUGGCUGCUCUCCUCACAGAAAACUUUCGCUUCCUCUCACUGUUCUUCAAGAGCAAAGAUGUGAUGAUUUUCAAUGGCCUGGUUGCCUUGGGCACAGUUGGAAGCCAGGAAAUUUUCUCAGUGGUCGCGUUCCACUGCCCGUGCUCCCCAGCCAGGAACUACAUCUAUGGAUUGGCUGCCAUAGGUGUACCAGCCCUCGCCUUGUUCAUUAUUGGUGUCCUCUGGAACAGCCACACUUGGAACCUGGUAGCUGAGUGUCACAGACGAGGAACCAAGAACUUUUCAGCAGCAGCAACCUGCCUGAUCUUUGGUUCAGUCCUGGGGCGAGCUGCAGUGGCUCCUGUCACGUGGUCGAUGAUCUCCUUGCUUCGUGGAGAGGCCUACGUCUGUGCUAUGAGUGAAUUCAUGGAUCCUACCACCUUGUAUGAAUUUCCCCCUGGCUACGGAGCAGAUAUCAUGGCCAGAUUCCCUUGUGAUGAUCUGCCAGGAAACUUGACGAAAUAUAAGGAUGAAGUUAUAAGGCAAUUAAAAUAUGAGUCUCAGCUUUUUGGGUGGAUGCUCCUUGGUGUAGUUGCUGUUCUAGUGUUCCUCACCAAGUGCUUGAAACAUUGCUGUUCACCCCUCAGCUUCCGGCAGGAGGACUACUGGGAUCAAUACCGCUCCAAUGAGGCCAAACUCUUCCAGCGGACCGCAGAGGUGCACUCUAAAGUCAUGGCUGCCAACAAUGUCAAAAAAUUCUUCGGUUUUGUAUGUUUAGAUAAGGAAGAGAAGGAACUGGUACAGGAGUACCCUGCGGAGGAUGUCCAGCCCAGGCCACAAUGGGAUGCCAUCACUGGGGUCUGUAUCUAUCGGGAGAAUAAAGGCUUCCCUCUCUACAGCCGUCUUCAUAAAUGGGCCAAAGCUGGGACUGGAUGCAACUCCGGUCCUGAUACCCAGGAAACAGUUUUCCUUGCUGCCUAA